AUGCCUUAAAUUGAUCCAGAAGUUACUAAGUCUUAAUGUGAUACAUCAGAAAGUUCUAAAAAGAUAUAAAAGAAGUGUGGACAUUGGAAUAAUGAGGAACAUGAAUCAUAUCUUCGUUUUUUAUAAGAAAAUGCCAAUCAUAAUAAGGGUCAAAGAUUAUUUAAAAGAAUGAGUUAAAUUAUAGGAACAAGAACACCUAGUUAAUGCAGGUAAUAUUAAAUUUAAUAAGAUUAGAUCUCAUCAUUAAAAGUUCAAUCCUUCAAAACCUUGUGUUAAGUUAACUUAAAUAAAAAUAAUGAAAACAAAAUAAUUGGUUCGAUUAUAUAUGAGUAAACAUUAGGAAAAAGAUGAAGAUGAAGAGUGA